UGGUCUAAGGAUUUGGUAGAGAGUACACCUUCAGACUUCAUGUUGAAGAAGGAGUAGGGAUUCCAAAUAUACCGGUACAUCCAAUUGGAUACAAUGAUGCAGAGAUACUGUUACGAAACUUGGGAGGAGCUGCUCCACCAGACAAAAGCUGGAAGGGAACUCUAAAUGUUAGUUACAACAUCGGGCCUGGCUUUAUAGGAAGUGAAUAUUCCAGGAAAGUUAGAAUGCAUGUUAAUAAUAUUAACAAAAUCACAAGAAGCAAUGUAAUUGGAACUAUCAGAGGGUCCAUAGAACCUGAUAGGUAUGUCAUUCUGGGAGGUCAUCGUGACUCCUGGGUGUUUGGAGGGAUUGACCCUACCACUGGGACAGCAGUUUUGCAAGAGAUUGCCCAGAGUUUUGGGAAACUGAUGAAUCGAGGCUGGAGACCUAGGAGAACUAUCAUCUUUGCCAGCUGGGAUGCAGAAGAGUUUGGGCUGCUGGGUUCAACUGAAUGGGCUGAAGAGAAUGCAAAGAUCCUCCAGGAGAGAAGUGUUGCUUACAUCAACUCAGAUUCAUCUAUAGAAGGCAAUUACACUCUACGAGUUGACUGUACUCCUCUUCUUUACCAGUUGGUGUAUAAAGUGGCAAGAGAGAUCUCCAGCCCUGAUGAUGGUUUUGAAAGUAAAUCACUUUAUGAAAGCUGGCUGGAAAAAGACCCUUCACCUGAAAAUAAAGAUUAUCCUAGAAUCAAUAAGCUGGGAUCUAGAAGCGAUUUUGAGGCUUAUUUUCAGAGACUUGGAAUUGCCUCAGGCAGAGCUCGCUACACUAAGAACAGGAAAACAGAUAAAUACAGCAGCUAUCCUGUAUACCAUACCAUCUAUGAGACGUUUGAAUUAGUAGAGAACUUUUAUGACCCUACAUUUAAAAAACAGCUUUCUGUGGCUCAGUUUUGAGGAGCAUUGGUAUAUGAGCUUGUAGACUCUGUUAUCAUUCCUUUCAACAUUCAAGACUAUGCAAAAGCCUUGAAAACCUAUGCAGCAAAUAUCUUCAGUUUAUCAAAGAAACAUGAACAGCAACUGAGAAACUAUAGAGUGUCAUUUGAUUCCUUAUUUUCUGCUGUGACAAACUUUUCAAAGGCUGCUUCAGACUUUCAUGGAAGACUCACACAAGUUGAUCUUACUGAUCCUAUUGCAGUGCGAAUUAUGAAUAGCCAACUGAUGCUUCUGGAAAGAGCAUUCAUAGAUCCUCUUGGUUUACCUGGAAGGCAGUUCUACAGGCACAUCAUCUUUGCUCCAAGUAGCCACAACAAAUAUGCUGGAGAAUCAUUCCCUGGGAUUUAUGAUGCCAUGUUUGAUAUCGAAAAUAGAGCAGAUCCUCACUUGGCCUGGGCAGAAGUGAAGAAACAUAUUUCUAUUGCCACUUUCACGAUUCAAGCAGCAGCAGGGACACUGACAGAUGGGCUGUAAAGCUCCUGUCAAGUAACUUCAUCACUAACAGCACUGCAGAGGGCUUGAGAGUGAAGCUGUUAGAGGGAGGUCUCACUCAAAUAGAUUCAUCACUAAAGGUGCUGCUGAGACAAAAGGUCUUUUUCUCUGAUGAUUCACGAAGCCAGGGUAUUCUAAAACCAUCAUUUUCAGGUCAUGUUUUGUCUGACCACCUUACUUAUCUGUCCUGUUUUUUUUUUUCUUUUUCCCAUUUUAACUCUUGCAUGCAUAUUCAGUGAAAGUGAAAUUGGAAGCAAUCCAAAUGUUCAUGGACA